UCGCAGAACUUGGCGCCAAUUUGUGGCAGGCGAGAGACCAAAGUAUAAACAAAGGCACGUGAAAUUUUGAGUGUGUCUUUCCUCGCCUGUAUUUUCCUUCCAACAUGCCUGGCGUGAACGACUGGACCCUGGAGCCCUGCAAGGUGGUGGACAGGAUAUUCGAGGAGUGUGGAGCGGAGGGGCCUUGGAGGGACAGAGUCAAGCAGCACUUUGAGGCGGAGAUCAAGCAGCCGGCCGUUCUAGAGAAGAUCCCUUGGCUCAAUGAAUCGCCCCUACACCAGCUGAGGGGCGGCCAGCUGGUGCGUUUUCGUGGCAUGGUGCAGGACAUGCUGGGGAAGGAGUUUUUCUCAGACGUGUACGAGGUGACAGCAGAGGGUGGUGAUGGCGGUGGCUCGACAAGGCUCCUCCCUGGCCGAUACAAGGAUGUGGUGCAGUGUGGGGCAGGAGAGACCAUCGACGCCAGUGGGCCGCGCAGCCAGGCGGGAGACAGACUGGUGUACUACUGUGUCCCUGUACCUGGAGAGACUGACUGGGUGAAGCAGGUUUACCAGGACAGCAGCCCCGCCCCGCCCACUGCUGGCAGCUCACUGGGGCAGGCUAGGCUGAAGAGACCAGCAGGCACCAGUGGGGAGGUGGAGAGCAUGGAGACAGAUGAAGGAGAGGGAGAGGAGAGGAAGAGAGUGAGAGGGGAAGUGUGGGGGGCAGCGGGUGGUACUUCUGCCCCCUCCACCACCACCACCGCCACUACCUCCUCCACCACCACCACCACUACCACGUCCUCCACACCUGAUCUUAACUUCCCCCUGCCAGGCAUGAAGGGCACACCUGCACUUGUUAAGCUGUAUGAAGAUGAGGGAUUUACUCUCAAUCAAGUUAUAGAGGUGGUGGCGGUUUUGUCAGUCAGCCCCGCCCUCUCCCCCACCUCUCCCCCUCCCCUGCCAGCCCCCUUGACCUCUUGGGGGCAGGGGAGGGGCAGGGGGACACGGGGGAGGCAGGGGGUCACUCCUCCUCCCCUGCCUCGCUUGUGCCCAGGACUACAUUGCAUAACACACAAAGUCAUGAAACACACCAAUCCCCUCCUCUCUUCCUCCUCCUCCUCCUCCUCCUCCUCCUCCUCCUCCUCCUCCUCCGCCACAGAGUUGAGGGCGGCAAGGGCAGCCCUGAAGGAGGUGCUGGUGGAGGUGUGCUUAGGGGACGAGAUGGCUGCGGAACACCUGCUGUGUCACCUCCUUUCCGCUGUCUACGGGAGGCAGGAUGUGACGGUGCUUGGGAAGUACUGCGUUAACCUCUCAGGGGUGGACCAGGCACUGCAGCGACAAGGGUACUGCAAGUUUCUGUACCAAGUGGUGGCGUCCCUUGUGACUCAGGCCUUCCUGCUGCCCCUCACUCUACACAACAUUAAUAAAGCGGUGUUUGUGCCCAAGAAGAACUACCAAACAGACAGGCUAACGAGUGGAAUCCUCCAGCUACCUGACCACACCCACCUGGUCCUGGAUGAGACCUCGUUAGUGGAGGGACAGGUGGAGAGAACAGGUGUUGCCAACCUAACAGCACUGGGGAACAUGAUCAGCUGGCAAAAAGUGGAUUAUGAUUUCGAAUUCCACGUAAUUGAGCAGUUAACAAACCUACCUGUAUUGGUCGUUAGUGAGGGAAGGUCCAUGCUGCCCAGUGACGCGGAGGUAAAACUGCAGCCCAAGCGGAGGGAUGUGGAGGAGGCACGGAGGAAAGUGGAGCAGCUUCUCUCCACCACCUCCUCCCCCUCCACCCUGCCCCUCCUCCGCCAGUACCUCACCUCUGCCAGGCUGGGGGAGUAUGUGCUGCCGGAGGAGCUGCAGAAGCUGGUGCAAGAACAUUUUACAACAAGCAGAAGGAGAAAUGAAUCUUUUUCAGCCACAGACCUACACAGGCUAUUGAUACAAGCCAGGCUGCUGGCGCUCAGUCACGGGGAGACUCAACUAACCAGGGAACUCUGGGAGAAAGCGAAGGCUAUAGAAAACGAGAGGAAAGCAAGGCUGCCCCCUCCCACCUCCUCAUAAG